CUUAAUAUUCCAAUCAAAUAAACUUCUAUUGCCUAGCUUUUAUAAAUUCAUUCCCUUUAAACUUCCUUCAACGCAGGUGGAUUAAUCCAGUUAACAACUAUGGCUGUUAUUAUUUCAUCGAAGGUCCUACUUAUACAACUUUUCGUUCUAGUACUUGGCUCAUUCUCAAAGCUCAGCCAUGGGGAGCUGUGGCUGGAACUCCCAUUGCCUUUCGACUUGCCACCAGUGGAGAUCCCAUUGCCUGAUUACGAUGGGCCUACAUUCGUGCUACCGCCACCAUCACCACCAUCACCACCACCAUCACCACCUCCGCCAUCGCCAUCACCACCUCCGCCAUCUCCAUCACCACCUCCUCCGUCGACAUUAAUACCACUUAUUCCUCCUUUAACCGGCGGCCUUUUGCCUCCUUUGCCCGGCUCUAAGCUUCCUGGCCUUUUGCCUCUGAUUCCCAACUUACCUGAUGUGCCUCCCAUAGGUGGUGGUCCACCUGUUAACCGGCCAAAGCCGUCGGCACCAUCACCCCCAGUUAAGCCGCCACCACCACCACCUUCACCAUGUAAGCCAUCACCACCUGAUCAGUCUGCAAAGCAACCACCACAACCUCCGCCAGCAAAACAACCACCUCCUCCACCACCAGUUAAGGCACCAUCUCCAUCUCUAGCAAAGCAACCACCACCCCCUCCACCGCCAGUUAAGGCACCAUCUCCAUCUCCAGCAAAGCAAUCACCACCACCUCCUCGGGCACCAUCUCCAUCACCAGCUACUCAGCCACCUACAAAGCAACCGCCACCGCCCCCACCACCACGUGCUAAGAAAUCGCCUCCGCCACCUCCUCCGCCACCAGUUGCUUAUCCACCAGUAAUGGCGCCAUCUCCGUCACCGGCUGCUGAGCCACCUAUUAUAGCACCAUUUCCAUCACCAACAGCGAAUCCACCCCUUAUUCCCCGUCGACCAGCACCACCAGUAGUUAAGCCGCUUCCACCUGUGGGGAAGCCCCCAAUCGUCAAUGGCCUUGUUUAUUGUAAAUCCUGCAACAGCUAUGGGGUUCCCACUCUGCUCAACGCCUCCCUACUCCAAGGAGCUGUUGUGAAACUAGUUUGCUACGGAAAAAAAGCAAUGGUUCAAUCGGCCACGACAGACAACAAAGGUGAGUUUCGGAUCAUACCCAAAUCUUUAACCACAGCAGAUGUUAGCAAGUGCAAGGUGUAUUUAGUGAAAUCACCAAAUCGAAUUGCAAUGUUCCUAACAAAUUUCAAUGGUGGAAAAUCUGGUGCUUUAUUGAAGCCUCUCCUACCACCUAAACAACCGAUUACCCCUGCCGUUGUCCCUGUCCAACCACCCAUGUCUGAUUUAUAUAGUGUUGGACCUUUUAUAUUUGAAGCCUCCACCAAAAUGCCAUGCGAUAAGAAUUGAGCUCCUCAUUAAUAGAGAAUACAAGCGAGAAAGAUGGGAAUAAUGUAUAAGAGCAUGAGUUUGUGAUGGAAAAUAUUUUUUUUCUUUUUUGUUCUAUAGUUUAUACAAGGAGACAGAAAACUUUGUACCACUAUACAGAAAUCAAAUGAGUCGCAAAAUUCAAAAUCGAAUUUAUAAAAACUGAAAACAUUGACUGCUGACUUGAAAUGCAUCAAUUAUUUUGGGUA